GCAUAACCUCAAAAUUAGUGUGAAAAAAUUUAUUUUUAGCCCAAAAUUGAUCUCAAAUAAGUAAAUGUCCUUAAGAUCCUUACAAAAUGUACGAAAAACAUCUAUUUAUAACACGUACAAUAUCACACAAACGCAACGAUAUUCAGUUCGGUCUGAAAUUAUUCUACCAACUCAGGCACGAAUUGUAAUUGCCGGUGGUGGAGUUGUUGCAAAUUCUGUUGCCUAUCAUCUUGUGAAAAAUGGUUGGAGCGAUGUACUUAUUUUGGAUCAAGGUAGAAUUGGUAGUGGCACAUCUCAUUUUGGAUCUGGAACUUUGGGUUUGUUCAAACCGAUUGCGGAUAGAAAUUUGAUUUUAUACAGUAUUAAGCUUUAUAAUAAGCUACAAAAAAUGGGAUAUGAUAUCGGUAUUAAACAGUGUGGGAGCUUAAAUUUAGCACAAACUAAGGAUAGGGUGAUUGCGUUAAGACGACGCAUGGCGUAUAAUAUACCUACUGGUUUACAUUGUGAGCUUGUUUCUCGAAAGGAGUUGCAACGAUUACAUCCUCUGCUACGGGUUGAUGACAUUGAAGCAGCUGUUUGGGUACCUGAAGAUUCUGUUGCAGAUCCUAAAAAAAUAUGCAACACAUUGGCUGAACUUGCUGAAAAAGGUGGAGCAGUUUUUCAAGAACAUUGUGCUGUGGAACGAGUCCUCACUGAUAAUGGAACUGUGAAAGCUGUUCAAACAGAACAUGGCACUGUCCAUUGUGAAUAUUUCAUAAAUUGUGCUGGUAUGUGGGCACGAGAAUUAGGCCUAAAAUGUCAAAUACCCGUGCGUAUACCAGCAUAUCCAGCCGAACAUUUUUACGCUAUUACAACCGGUUUGGCAGUUAAUGAAAAUUUACCAUGCAUCCGAGACUAUGAUGGUUUCACGUAUGCGCGAGCUUUAGAUAAAGGAUUAAUGGUUGGAUGGUUUGAAAAGGAAGCUCGUCCUGCAUUCUGGGAUAAGAAAGUGCCUAGGGAUUGGAAAAAACAUGUUCAAUCGAAUUUUCAACAUUUUCUGCCAUUAUGGGAAAAUGCUGUACAUCGUUUACCAAUAUUGAAAAGUGUUUCGAGACCACAAUUAACAAAUUCACCAGAUAAUUUUACACCAGAUGGGAGAUGGAUUUUAGGUGAAACUGCUGAAGUUAAUAAUUAUUUUGUUGCUGUUGGAAUGAAUGGCAAUUCAUUACAAGGUGCUGGCGGUAUUGGGAAAGCGGUAGCCGAGUGGAUUAUUGAGGGAAAACCUACCCAAGAGUUAUUACCAUUUAGUGUACAAAGAUUUUUAGAUUUGCAUAAUAAUCGUCAGUAUUUACAACAACGAACUAAAGAAGUUGUCGGAAGACAUUACGCCAUUUUGUAUCCACAUCAGUGUGAAUAUAAAUAUGCAAGGAAACUUCGUUGUUCACCGUUGUACAUUGCACUAGAAAGUCGCGGAGCUGUAUUUGGUAUUAAGAUGGCAUAUGAACGAGCAUUAUAUUUCGAUACUUCUUAUAAAAGAGGUGAUAAAUUACCAACUAUGCCACCAGGUAGUUUUUUUAAGCCCAAGUUUUUCGAUUUUAUGAAACAAGAAUAUUUAGCAUGCAGAGAAGGUGUUGGCGUAAUUGAUAUGUCUUCAUUUUCAAAAAUAGAAAUUAAGUCGACCAGCAAAUCAGAAGUAUUAAAUUACCUGCAGCAAUUAUGUUCGAACGAUGUCGACAUACCAGUUGGAAGUAUUACUCAUACUGGUAUGCAAAACGAACGUGGUGGCUACGAAAAUGAUUGUAUGCUUGUGAGGCAAGAUGAAAAUAAUUUUUUCAUGGUAUCACCAUCCAGUCAACAAACACGAAUUUACGAAUGGAUGUCCCAGAAUUUACCAUUCAAGCAUUCGAUCAGCUUAAAUGAUGUGACCUCCAUGUAUACGGUUAUUAAUACAGUUGGACCAAAAGCAUCCGCAUUGUUAAAUGAACUGUCAAGUUCGGAAUUGAGUUUAGGACCGUAUAGGUAUCGGAAAUGUAAUAUUGGUUAUGCUUCGGAUGUUAUGGUUAUGGCAUUCACUCAUACCGGUGAACCGGGUUAUUGUUUGUAUGUACCGUCCGAGUAUGCUUUACAUGUUUACGAAAAAUUAAUUACGGUUGGAAAAGAUUACGGCGUACGUGAUGUUGGUACUUUAGCACAACGAUGGAUGAGAAUUGAAAAAUUUAUUCCAUUUUGGGCAGAAGAAUUAACUAGCUUUACUACACCUUUUGAAGCUGGUCUUGAUUAUACUGUUAAAUUGCAGAAAGAAUUUUUUAUUGGAAAAGAUGCAUUGGUAAACCAAAAAAAAUUUGGAGUCAAACGACGUUUGGUUUUAUUUCAUUUAAAUGACAUUGAUCCAGAAUCUGAUAUCUGGCCAUGGGGAGGAGAACCAUUAUAUCGAAAUGAUAAAUAUGUGGGAACGGUCACUUCUGCUGGGUACGGUUUCCAAACAGAUAAAUUGGUAUGUUUAGGAUACAUUUGCCGUGGCAAAGAAUACGACGGUGAAGAUAAAACAAUUUCAAAUGAGUAUAUAAUAUCAAAAGAUGCAGUUUAUGAAGUUGAUAUUGCUGGACAUCGUUUUAAAGCAACUCCACACAUUCAUCCACCGGCUUUAAACAAUGUUCCAGUACAAACGACAUAUAAACCGAAAGUUGUUCGGUAUAAAAGUGAUAUAGCUGCAUAAUUUUAAUACAUAGUUCAUAUUUUUAUUUGAAAACCUGUGAUUUUAGAACCUAAUUUUGUUUUUAAAUAAAUAAAUAGGAGGUGUAACCAAUCUUAUACGCGAACCCUUGUGGAAAUCAAUCUGUU